CUAGCCAAACGGGUGCUAAAUAGGAGGUCCCCGAUGCUUUAUUUAUUCAUUCAAGAAAGAGGAGGGGAUUUGCAAAAAUGUAGAUAGCAAUGAGAUAGGAAAAGGUUGAGCGGCCAAAGCCGGAGCAGAGAAUUUUAGAUUGAUGACUGGGGUUAAAAUAAAGGUAGAUGAAAGUUUAGAAUGGAAAUGGAGAUUGCAGACAUACCAGCCAGGAUCCUGCAAUGAUGUGCAGGAAAUGGUUGCUGAUUUGUUUAAAUUGCUCUGCAGUAUUUCUUCAAACCAGCAAUUUUUAAAGCUUGUCUAAAUUUAUUUUUGUUCAAGGAGCAUAAUUCUUUUAAAAUUCACUGAAAAAGUUAAAAAGACUGGAGUACUUGCAAGUUUUAAUCAAAUAUCAAAGAUUUCAGUACAAUCAGUUUUGAACGCUAGUGAUUAAACGUGCCGCUGUUGCAUUAAAGUUGCAGUCUGAUACCCUAGAAAUCUAUAAUCCUUCUGGUGCAGUAUUGAUUGCAAAUCCAGAAAGGGAAAGACAAAUGCUUAUGCAAGAAUUCCUCCAUAAGAGAAAGGUGUAACAGGUGUAAAAUUCUGAGUUAAAAAUUGUGAUCUUCCCUCAAUUUUGUACAAUGAAAUUUUUUUUAAAAAACCCUGCUGUGGGUGUGAGAGAGAGAAUAUGGAGUUGUGUAUAAAGCUUCAACAUUUGGAGGCAUUGGUGCAAAGAGUGUCUGGUUGUCCACAUGGUCCCCUCAUCAGAGCUGGCAAGGGAAUCCAGCGAUAUUAUCAAAAGAACCGUGGAUAGGAAAUGUGCACACACAAAGGAAAAGAGAGGGAAAUUGUCAAGGGAAGACUUCUGUAAACUCUGUCUUUUGGGGGGAGGUUCUUUCCCAUUUACAUGGAACAACCUUCGGGGUUGACAUGGGGGCUGGAGGGGGGAGAUGUUGCAUCGUGUGCUGCCCCCCAUGAGGUUGAAAGGAACAAAUCUCCUCAACAUUUGCUCUGAAUACAUCUUUAUAAAUGUCAGGGGCAAACUAAACCUCUUCAAACUUAAAAGAGGAAUUGGAGAUUUAGAGGGGGUAACUGUUCAGUCCCCACCUAAUUUUACACAGCAUGUGAGGGAGCAGAGCCUGGUGACCGAUCAACUAAGCCGGAGACUCGUCCGGACCUAUCAGCUGUACAGUCGGACCAGUGGGAAGCACGUGCAAAUCCUGGACAACAAGAAAAUCAAUGCCAUGGCAGAAGAUGGAGAUGCUCACGCCAAGCUCAUUGUUGAGACUGACACCUUUGGAAGCCGUGUGAGAAUCAAGGGAGCUGAGACAGGUUUCUACAUCUGCAUGAACAAGAAAGGAAAGCUGAUUGGCAAGAGCAAUGGCAAAGGCAAGGACUGCGUCUUCACAGAGAUUGUGUUGGAGAAUAACUACACAGCCUUACAAAAUGCCAAGUAUGAGGGAUGGUACAUGGCCUUCACCCGGAAGGGCCGCCCCCGCAAGGGCUCCAAGACUCGGCAGCAUCAGCGUGAGGUGCACUUCAUGAAGAGGCUUCCCAAGGGCCACCAAACCACAGAGCCUCACAGACGCUUCGAGUUUCUCAAUUACCCUUUCAACCGGAGGAGUAAAAGGACUCGGAACUCCAGCCCCAAACCAACCCCCUGACCAGACUCACCCUCUCCCACCUUGUGCCUCUCAGGCCCACCCUCUUUCCCUUUGGCAGGAGGACCCUGUGUAGAGACUUAUUUGAUGGACAUUAACUAGAGACUUACCAGUUUAUAAUGAUUACACAGGGGGUGGAAGAUGAAAACAAAACUUGAUCUAGUUGUUUAUAAUUGUUUGUUUUUGUGUGCGUUUUUUUUAAACAGAGGCUCUAUUUUUGUAUUCCAACUUUAAGAUAAAAACAACGAUGUGUUCACAGACUUGUGAAGGGGUGCUCUUCACUUAAAAGCAUUUGGAGUCUGGGGUAGGGGUGGGAUUAUGUUUAAUAGGUUACAUUUUUAAUAUGGGGUAGGAGGUGGUAGAUCUAGGGCUCAAAAUAGGAUUUGCCCCUUCAGUGAAAUAAAUAAAUUUGGGACCAAAGUGCUACCUCAAAACAAAUUGUUGAAUAGGAUGCAGUCCAUCACGACCUUUUGUGCAAGUUUCAUUUAUUUUCUUGGGGUCUGUGCAGGAGACGUUCCCAAUAUAUGGACUACAAUCUUGGUGUUGUAUUUGUGGAAGUCCCUUUGAGAUCAAAAGGUUUCCAGGUACUAUUCUGUGUGGGGCUUGCAACCACUGUUAUUUUUUUGAAUAAGAAAGAGAAGGAUGAGAACAUAAAACAGAAGGUGACCACUGAAUGGCUGCUGCCACAGUCGUGAGAGCUGCUAGUUUUGCUUUGUUUGUUCUAUCAAAGGUCAUUUCAUCUCCAGGGGGUCUGCAUUUUAAUUGCUGUAGAAUUUUUGUUGUAUCAUCUGUUAUGACAAUAAAGUGUCACUGAGUUCCAA